AUGUCUCCGUUCCUGAGGAUCGGCUUCUCCAGCUUCGAGAUGGACCCUGGACUUGCUUACCAUGAAGAAGUGCUGAACCCAUACUGCGCUGUCUACAUGAAGGAAGCUGUGGAGACUGAAAAAGGCCAAGUGUAUAAGCAGAAGCGACCCACCAUGUACCCUCCAUGGAGCAGCACAUUCGACGCUCAUGUUCACAAAGGGCGAGUAAUGCACGUGGUGGUAAAAGAUAAAACGGCCGAGCUGAAGACUGAAGCCACGGUGCAGUUAGACACGCUCGCUUCCCGCUGCAAAAAGGAGAAUGGCAAACUGGAGAUCUGGGUGGAACUAAAACCGCAGGGUCGUCUACUGAUGGAGGCCAGAUAUUUCUUGGAGAGAAAAGAUGCAGGUCAUGGGGAAGGCGAUGGUGAAAUUGAACAAGAGAGAGAGGUCAAGUUUGCCCUCCAUCAGAGACGUGGUGCAAUCAAACAGGCCAAAGUUCAUGUUGUAAAGUGUCAUGAGUUCACCGCCACCUUUUUCCCCCAACCCACCUUCUGUUCCGUCUGCAAGGAGUUUGUCUGGGGUCUGAAUAAACAGGGAUAUCAGUGCCGACAAUGCAAUGCUGCCAUCCAUAAAAAGUGCAUAGACAAAGUGAUCGCUAAGUGCACAGGUUCAGCCAUUAACAGUAAAGAGACCAUGAUCCAUAAAGAGCGCUUUAAAAUCGACAUGCCUCAUAGAUUCAAGGUGUACAACUAUAAGAGUCCAACCUUCUGUGAGCACUGUGGCACCCUGCUGUGGGGACUGGCACGCCAGGGUCUUAAAUGUGAAGAGUGUGGCAUGAAUGUUCAUCACAAGUGUCAGAAAAAAGUAGCCAAUCUCUGUGGUGUCAACCAGAAGCUGAUGGCCGAGGCUCUCGCUACGAUUGAGAACAUUCAGCAGGCCAGAAGCUCCAGAGAUAGUGAGAUUAUUGGACGUGAUGGACCGGUAGGUGUUGGGCAGGCUGGAGUGGUCAGAGAGUGCUCAGGCUAUGUGAGCUCUCAAACAAGCCAAGCCCUCACAGACGGCCCAGCAUCAGUACGUAAAGAGGUACAAGGUGUAGCCUGGGACUCUCCACUAGAGGGCGACAAAUCGAGUCUCAGUGUGGAUCCAGAGCCGCUGUACGCUGUCCCACACAAAGAACACAAGGAGCACAAAUUUACUUUUGAUGAUUUUAUUCUGCAUAAGUUGCUGGGAAAGGGAAGCUUCGGCAAGGUGUUUCUUGCUGAGCUGAAAGCUACUGGACAGUUCUUUGCAGUGAAGGCUCUGAAGAAGGAUGUGGUCCUGAUGGAUGAUGAUGUUGAGUGCACCAUGGUUGAGAGGAGAGUUCUUUCACUUGCGUGGGAGCAUCCCUUCCUUACACACCUCUACUGCACCUUUCAGACCAGGGAGAACCUGUUCUUUGUGAUGGAGUAUCUAAACGGUGGAGAUUUAAUGUUCCACAUCCAGACGUGCCACAGAUUUGACCUUCCACGUUCCACGUUCUAUGCUGCUGAGAUCAUCUGUGGUUUGCAGUUUUUACAUUCUAAAGGAAUUGUGUACAGAGACCUGAAACUGGAUAAUAUCCUGCUAGAUAUCGAUGGUCAUAUUAAGAUUGCAGACUUUGGCAUGUGUAAGGAGAACAUGGUGGGAGAAGCUCGAACCUCCACCUUCUGUGGAACACCAGAUUACAUCGCCCCUGAGAUUUUGCUUGGGCAGAAAUAUGGCAUCUCUGUGGAUUGGUGGUCUUAUGGAGUCCUUCUGUAUGAGAUGCUGAUUGGUCAGUCACCGUUCCAUGGUCAUGACGAGGAGGAACUGUUCCAGUCCAUUCGUACAGAUGACCCAUGUUACCCGCGCUGGCUGACCAAAGAUGCUCGAGACAUGCUUGUUAAGCUGUUUGUGCGGGAGCCCGAGCAAAGGCUGGGUGUGAAGGGAAAUAUACGACAACAUCCGUUCUUUAAGGACACAGAUUGGAAUAUGCUGGAGAAACGGCAGGUGGAGCCGCCCUUCAGGCCGACUGUGAACUCACCGAGCGACUGCAGUAACUUCGAUAAGGAGUUCAUCAACGAGAAGCCACGUCUAUCCUGCGCAGAUCGCACCCUUAUCAACAGCGUGGACCAGACUAUGUUCAAGAACUUCUCCUUUAUUAACCCGGGAAUGGCACGCAUGAAGAACCCCUGAGAUACGUAUACACAGACA